AUGCCCGUCCUCCUCCCUAUAGAGCUCAUCGAUCACAUCAUCCACCAAGCGGUUCACACCGCACAAUCACAUCCAAAAGGGACAUCAUCCAUUGCACUCAUAUCACAUCGUUAUCGCACCAUGUUAUAUAGGGAGCGCUUCUCCUCAGUUGCCUUCAUGGACUGGCCGACUGAUUACAACAAAGACAAAUUUACGUAUCGCAUACUUGGACUGGCCAAACUUGUUGCUGAAUCUAUCCAAUAUCCGAGGAUGCGCGGUGUACACACAUUUAUCACAUCAUUCUCACUCAUUGCAUGGCCCUAUAGAGAAAUCCUUAAUGAUACAUCGCAAAUCUCACAAUCUUUAAUCACAAUCCUCGACAACCUGUUCCGCGACCCGUCGUCACUAUCAUCCAUCCCAUAUCGCACUCUGACGCUAAGGACACCACAUGGAUGGCCCAAGAACAAAGCUUUAGCUGCUUCACUUCGCUCGAUGAUCAAAACAUCGCACAUCAACGCCCUUUGCGUGGAUGACGAUUCUCAUUUGCCGUCUGAUAUCAUCCUCGGAUGCAACAUUGAGCAUCUAACAAUCAAACGCGGCUUUUGCCUGGACAGGAAAUUCAAAAGUGGGGCUCAUAAUUCCUAUUUUAAUCCUGUUCCUCUAAAGUCUUUGACAAUCACUGGAGUGUAUGAGAGCGAAUUCGUGUUUCACAAUAUUACAAUGGUUAUAUGUGGCCAGAAUUUUCCGGCACCGGAUAUGUUUGCUCAUCUGACAACCCUGGCUAUAUACAAAUCCUUUCCAGAUCUCAUCGCAUGUGUAGUAAACAACACAAACAUAUUAGAAUCUCUAACAAUUCAAUUUUUACAAAGACUGUUACCCUGUGAUGCGGCCAAAAUACCUCGUAUCCAUUUCAAGUCAUUACAACAUCUAAAAGCGCUCAACAUCUCAUACCUGAGGAAAAUAGACAAAGAAACACCGCCAAUAACACCCAUCGCAUUCUUCCAACACGAGGAUCCACCACCGCUUCUCGAAAAAUUCACUUUGAAAAUAACAUUAGUCAACUCUUUUCCACCUCCCUUCCGCUCACCGGAGGAUGACCUCAACAGCGCCAUACAAGAAAAACACGAAAUCUCACAAUGGGACAGGUACCUCUCUUCCCUGAAGCCACUCUGCAAUCUGCACACAAUCACUGUAGACCUGCUCAUUCGACGCCUUGUAUGCUUUCCUGGAGAGAUUCAGUGCUACCCAAGCUGGAGCGAUACAUGGUGCCCCUACUUUUCCGAUGCGUUUGUGAAGUGCAAUAGGGUGUAUAAGGCUGUACAUGUGACAGUGCGCGCGGACACGAUCUUGCAUGCAAAGGUCAAGAAUCCAGAAUAUUUUUACCGGGCGUUCUGCAAGUUAAGAUAA